GUGUGUGUGUGUGUGUGUGUGUGUGUGUGUGUGUGUGUGUGCGUGCGUGUGCAGUAUUCUGAAGGACCUGUUACGUGUGCAGCAGAGUAUCGGCUACUGUCCACAGUUUGACGCUCUGUUUGAUGACCUGACAGCCAGAGAACAUCUGGAGCUUUACACUCGUCUCCGUGGCAUUCCAUGGAAAGACCAGGGGAGGGUGGUGCAGUGGGCAUUAGACAAGCUGGAGUUGUCAAAGUAUGCCGACAAGCCUGCCGCCACUUACAGUGGAGGAAACAAACGAAAGCUUUCCACUGCCAUCGCUCUUAUUGGAUACCCUUCAGUCAUCUUCCUGGAUGAGCCCACCACCGGCAUGGACCCAAAGGGGCGCAGAUUCCUCUGGAAUUUAAUCCUGGACAUAAUCAAGACUGGACGCUCUGUAGUGCUGACGUCACACAGUAUGGAGGAGUGUGAGGCUCUGUGCACCAGACUGGGCAUCAUGGUGAACGGCAGGUUUAAAUGCCUGGGCAGUAUCCAGCAUCUCAAGAACAGGUUUGGGGAUGGCUACAUGAUCACCGUGAGGACAAAGAGCAGCUCUAAUGUGAAGGAGGUGGUUCGAUUCUUCAACAGGAACUUCCCUGAGGCCGUGCUGAAGGAGCGUCACCACACCAAGAUCCAGUACCAGCUGAAGUCUGAGCGGAUCUCCCUGGCUCAGGUCUUCAGUAAGAUGGAGCAGGUGGUGGAGGUGCUGGGCAUUGAGGAGUACUCUGUCAGUCAGACCACUCUGGACAAUGUGUUUGUCAACUUUGCUAAGAAGCAGAGCGACAACCUGGAGCAGCAGGAGGCGUCGCCCCCGGGUGGUGGACAGUCGCCCCUGCAGCGCGUCCUCAACCUGCUGAAGUCUCGGCCGGCCAACACGGAGCUCAACGCUCUGAUCAGCGAGGCCCCAGAGGAGCUGGAGAGCGAUGAUGACGAAGGACUCAUCAGCUUUGAAGAGGAGCGGGUCCAGCUCUCCUUCAACACAGACACUCUCUGUUGAACGAGUCGUUCAAAGAGCAGAGACCAGGAGAGCUGCUGAUUGAACCCUGAAGAGGACCAAAUCUCUCUGCGCCAUGGAGCAUAGGACCAGUAGUUCACUAUUUCAGCCUCAAAUUUUGUAUCCCAGGAUGGCCUGAGGUGGUUUAGGUUAGAACAUACAGACAGCGGUGGUGACCUGCAGAGACACAGCAGCAGGAGUGCUCGCAUGUGGAUUUGAGACUUUGUCCCGGAAUGUUUCCAUUCUAUUAUUUCUGUUUGAGAAUGUGUCUGAAACACGGCUGCUGAGCACAGUCGUUCCUUUAGUGAAUGAAGAUGUCUUUGUUGAUACAGUACGUUUGACAGCGCCGGUUACUUUGAGUUGGCUGUACGCGCUUCCUACCACAGGGCCUCAUGUAACCAGAGCGGGCCCUCGUUACUGUACCAAAGGAGAGCAUGCUGUGUUGAAUGUGAUAACCAUCAGUGAUGUAAUACAGUCUAUUUUUCUGUGGCAAGAAGAACGAUUUAUUUUUGAUAUUGAAGCAGCUACAGAAUGACUUGUGUGAUUUAUUCUGCAAUAAGUGAGGAUGCAUUUACUGAAAUGCACCCUGGGAAGUGCCCGGUGUGGGCAUGUGUGUGAGCUGUCGGCCUUCUCUUUGAACUUGAUGUCGGAGAUAUUAUUGUGCUGAUGGAGAGGAUGUAAAGGUGU